UUCAAUCCACACCCGUGGUGUUCGUUCGAUGAUGACUCGGGCCGCGCUUCACCGCCACCGCUUUUCGCCCCCAAACGUCCAGAAUAUGUAGUGCGAAAAUGGCAACUUCGAGUGACGGUAAAUCGUGGAUAAAUGCGAUGGGACUGAGAAAACGUUUCAAAUGGUGGAAAUACUACGUGCACUUGGACUACCUAAACCAAUUUCGAUACGUUUCGAGUACCUGAGGUUCGAAUCUCGCCUUUUUCGUUUUUUUUGGGGUUGGGUUGUUUUCGGGGUCGUUUUCCUACCGCUACGCACAAUGCUACGUAUCUUUAUUUGUGAUAUGAGGAAUAUUCAAAAUUAGAUUAACGAGAUCACGAUUCGCCGUCUGAAUCAUGGUGGAUCUAGGAGGGUAUGUCAUAAUUCUAGCCGAAACCAAGGAUAAGAAAAUCAAACUUUAUGGUUCACCCGCAGAUAACGAUAACUUGGAAGUGGGAGACGAGAUCUUGGAAGUGAAUGGGAAGACGCUAGAAGACGCUUGCCACGCCGAAGUCAUCAGUCACAUACACCAGUGCAUCCGAUCGCGUACGAUAUGCUUGCGGGUGAAGAGACGCAGCGGCGCCCGCCUUGCGGUCGAUUUAGACUUGUGUGCAGGCAACGUUCAAGAUGCCUUCGUCAUCGCCGUGGAGCAGCAGGCCCAAGAACGCCUGGAGCGGCUCACAGCGCUCAAGCGGGUCAAGCCCGUCGACAUGACCAAAUUGUCGCAACAGCUAAACCAGCAGACCACUUCAAGCGAAGAACUCAACGGCUUCAUCAACAACACGCCCAUCUACGUGACGUCUUUGACGGCCACCGAAAAUUUAAACAACAACCCCACCGCAAGCAAGUCGGAAGGCGGAAGCGGAGGCGGCGGCGGCGGUUCCGUCCUGGCCAACACCAUCUCGGUGGUGGCAACGAAGGAGGUGAGCGCGACGCCCAAGCUCCUGCCCAACGGCCACGACAGCGCCGACUUCAUCGUGCCCAAGGUGGGCAACGAUGUGCGGGCCGCCGAUGUGAAGGAGGGCCCCCAGCAGCAGGCCUUGGAGGUGCGCAAGCCGGGCGACAGGAGAGCGUCGUCGCCGUUCCAGAAUGGCAGGACGGAGCUGCUGAUCGGCGCCGAAGACAAUAAGUUCAAGACGACGGCCAUCGUCGAGAGCAAUAACAAUAAGUUGGGGGUGGAGGGCGAGAGCAGGCCACGACGACGCUCCGGUUCGAGCAUCGUCGUGCUGGACGGCGACUUGGACCCCGUGAAGAAGCCGCCAGACGAGCUGGACGACAACUUGGACUACAACAUGGUGAUGAUGUUGGCGGGCGACAACGGACCCCAUCGCGAGAUGGCAGUGGACGUGCCCGACACCUUCAUCGCCAGGAACAAGACGCCGCCGCGGUACCCGCCGCCUAAACCCAUCCUCCAGGUAGGUUACGACCGCCUCUUAGGGGUGACCUUCGAAGAGCGGCCCGUCGACGUGAACCAGGAGCGCGCGAUCGACGUCCCGGACAACUUCGUCGAACGGAAAAAGACACCCCCCAAGUACCCCUCCAAGAGUGGCGUCAACGGGACGGCGACGCCGCCGGUCGCGGCCACCCCGAAGCCGGUGCCGCCCCCUAGGGACCACCUCAAGGUCGAGAAGGAUGGGAGGAUCGUGAAUCGGACGCCGGCACCGCAGCUUCCGGCCAGGAUCACGAACAACAACAACAACGUGACGGUGACGCCGGCGGUGGCGGUGGCGGUGGCGGCGACGACGCCGACGCAGCCGGCGGCCGAGCCGACGAGGGAGCAGCUGGAUAGCAUCAAGAAGUAUCAGGAACAGAUCAGGAAGCGCAAGGAGGAGGAGGACCGGAUCGCCGCCCAAACCGAGUUCUUGAACCGGUCGCUGCGCGGCUCCAGGAAGCUGCAGGCGCUCGAGAGCCGGCCCCAGGGCAGCGUGAACGACGCCUUCGACGAUGAGAACCAGGAGUCCUCCAGGUCGACGACGCCGGCCCCCGCCGCCGAGAAGGAGGUGGUGCACACGGUUUACGGCUACGGCGACCUGGUGGCGUCCGUCCAGCGCCUGCAGAUGCAGCUCAAGAAGGCCGGCGCCGGGGGCGGGCUCGGCGGCCUCGAGGGCCGCGUGGCCGCCGUCCAGUCCCUGCUGCUGUCGCCGCAAUUCGGGCGCGCCCUGGCCGUGCACAACAAGGUCCAGGCCGUGCGCUCGCGGACCACCCCCCGGCCGCCGCCCACCGCCCAGACCGCCCUCAGAGACUGCCUAGAUGCCUUAGGGAACUCGCAGAGCUCCUACGCCGUGGAAUUGGCCAGCUUACUCACAGGGUAUGAGCUGGAGGCGCUCAUGGUGGCCCACGACGGCGUGGCCUCCACGCUGCCGCCCGACUCCACGUCGCCCGGACCGCCCCCGGCCGAGCCGCCGCCGCCCGUCCCCGACCACCGCUUCCACGAGGAGAACAUCAAGAUCAUCAAGAUCGAGAAGAGCACGGAGCCGCUGGGGGCGACGGUGCGCAACGAGGGGGACGCGGUGGUGAUCGGGCGCGUGGUGCGGGGCGGCGCGGCGGACAAGAGCGGCCUCCUCCACGAAGGCGACGAGAUCCUGGAGGUGAACGGCAUCGAGAUGCGCGGGAAGAGCGUCAACGCCGUCUGCGAUAUCCUCCAGGGGAUGGAGGGCACGCUCACGUUCUUGAUCGUGCCGGCGUCGCAGGCGAGGGCGCACUCGGGGAGGGACUCGGUGCUGCACGUGCGGGCGCACUUCGACUACGACCCGGAGGAGGACAUGUACAUACCGUGUCGGGAGCUGGGGAUCAGCUUCCAGAAAGGUGACGUGCUGCACGUGAUCAGCCAAGACGACCCCAACUGGUGGCAGGCGUAUCGGGAGGGCGAAGAGGACCAGACGCUGGCCGGGCUGGUGCCUUCGCAGAGCUUCCAGCAUUACAGGGAGAGCAUGAGACUGGCGGCCGAGGAGCGAAUGGCCAGACCGCAGCGGAAGUCGUCGACGCUGCUCUGCGGCAAGACGGCCAAGCGGAAGAAGAAGAAGGGGGCGUACAGCGAAGGCGGCUACCCGAUCUACGCGAACUCGGUGGACGAGCACGACCCGGAGGAGAUCCUCACGUACGAGGAAGUUUCGUUGUACUACCCCCGGGCGAACAACAAGAGGCCGAUCGUGUUAAUCGGGCCGCCGAACAUCGGCAGGCACGAGCUGAGGCAGAGGCUGAUGGAGGAUUCGGAGAGGUUCGCCGCUGCAAUUCCGCAUACGUCGAGGGCGCGGAAGGAUAACGAGGUGGACGGGCAGGAUUACCAUUUUAUUACCAGGGCUCAGUUCGAGGCUGAUAUUUUGUCGCGGAAGUUCGUGGAGCACGGGGAGUACGAGAAGGCGUACUAUGGGACGUCGCUGGACGCGAUACGCUCAGUGGUCAACUCGGGGAAGAUAUGUGUUUUGAAUUUGCAUCCUCAGAGUCUGAAAAUUCUAAGGACGUCGGAUUUGAAGCCCUACGUGGUGUUCGUGGCGCCGCCUAGUCUGGAGAAGCUGAGGCAGAAGAAGAUACGGAACGGGGAGGCGUAUAAAGAGGAAGAGUUGAAGGACAUAAUAGAAAAGGCCCGCGAGAUGGAGGACAAAUACGGUCAUUUCUUCGAUAUGAUAAUCAUAAAUAACGACACCGAGCGGGCGUACCACCAGUUGUUGAGCGAGAUAAACAGCCUGGAGAGGGAGCCCCAGUGGGUGCCCGCAGCUUGGGUCAAAGCACUGUAGAAGUUGACCGAAGCGAGGUUCGUUCGUAAAUCGACUGAAUUUCUUACCUAUUUCCCGCAAGGUUGUGAAGUUUGAAGAAGGUGCUAGUCCUUAAAAGAAAACAAAAUUUUAAGGCCGUUUGCGCGAUCCGCGCUCGAUUAUCGUCUUUCUAUUUCCCUCACUUUAAGACUAAACAUCACGAAUGUGCUGUGAUCCAUGCUGCGAAAAUUCAAACGGUGUUUCUCGGGUUUGGUAGAAUUAAAGCCGGCAAUAAUGACUGUACAUAAAUAAGGAGAAAAAAAUACAAAAAAACAAUAGACCCGUUCUAAAUCGUGUUUUCAUUGUUUAUAGCUAUGUAUUUAGCAAAUCGAGUGUACUUGUAAAUAAGAGUUAUACAUAUUUGUCUUAGAAUAUUCGACUUGAUCGCUCAGAGAUUUUAAUUGGUGUUAGUAAAAAUUUUCGAAUCUACAAAAAAGGGAAAACGUUCAUUUUUUCCAUUUUACGGUAAUGUUUUUUCUUUAACCUAAGUAGGUUUAGUAUAACGAUGUGAUUAUGUGUACUUAAUUUUAUUUAUCUUAAUAUUUUACAUAAAAAAAGUAAAUUUUAAACUUAGUCCGUAGGUGCAAUUUUCUUCUUUGCUCCCGAUCAUCCGACCCAAACCCAACGCUACUAACAUUUCUCCAUUAUGUGUAUUUAUAGAUCUGAAGUCAGUCAACUUUUAUUCUUAUUUAUUUUGUUAUUGUUUCAUUGUACAUAAAAAAUAUCAAGUGUAUAUAAAAUCAGACCCUAUGGUGUCUGUAGAAAUGUCGUGUAUAUUAAAAAUACUUAUCGUUAGAAACGUGACUUCGGGGUUCCUUUUAUUAUUAAAUAUUUUAUUAUGCAUACAUCAUUGUUUUAGAAUUGCAGAAAUAAACAUUUCUCACUAUUAAAA